GGUGAGCUCAGCUUUCCACAGGGGCAGGGGGACUCUCCAACAUAUUCUGCCCUCAAACAGCCCUCUUCCCUGGGAUUGCUAACCCAGCUGGCUACCUCCCGCUGCUGAACCUCCACUGAGGAGGAAAUAGAACCCUCCAUCAUUGCUGUCUGGUGGUUCAAGGAGAGCGGAGAGGCACUGGCAACAGCAGACACUUUGUACUGGGCAGGACUGGCUCCAGUGCUGCUGGAGUCUGGAUCUUCGAACGCUUUUGUUAUCAUCUCGCUGUCUGUCUGUGAGGACUAACAGAGGAUUGAUACACGUGUUCAGGGGCCCUGGUACUGGCUUCCACAGCUAGCUUGACGGAUCUACAACGAGCAGGACAGUUCCUACAGUUUGUAGGCACCAUGGCAGAGGAAGUCCAGUCCUCAGCCGCCGUUACCAUGGUAAUGACCAGCAAGGAGGCGGGCUCUAAAAGGACAGUGUUAGAUGACCUCUACCUGACCUUCCGGUCCCCAAUGGGCUGGAUGCUGGUUGUGGCGCUGCUGAUCACUUGGGCCAGUGUGGCCGUUGUCCUCUUCGACCUGCUCGACUACAAAACACUGACAGACUAUACAUCAUACUGUGAUGACCCCUGUUUGCCACCUGGAUUGGCUCCUCCUCCUGCUGCUGUUAGGAAGGCCUUGAAAGAGGCAGGCAGGUCCAAAGGUGGUGUUCAACAGGUGAUCUCUGAUCCUGUGGUGGUUGUCAGCGAUGCUACAGAGGACUCCACUGAUUGGCUAAACCUACUUAUGACCUUUGUAUCCAGUCUGGUUGCACCUGAGGAAGAAGAAAUAGAGGGGGUACACAACGAGGAGCUAUGAAGCUGUCUAACUGUGCAUUGGUCUUUGGAUAACCUUGUGAAUAAAAACAAUCUUGUCUCUCAA